AUGAGCAACAACAGUAAUAAGAGAGCACCCACAACAGCAACGCAGAGACUUAAACAAGACUACCUUCGAAUUAAGAAAGAUCCAGUGCCUUAUAUCUGUGCAGAGCCUCUCCCAUCGAAUAUCCUUGAAUGGCACUAUGUUGUCCGGGGACCUGAAAUGACUCCUUACGAAGGUGGCUAUUAUCAUGGGAAACUAAUAUUCCCCAGAGAAUUUCCUUUUAAACCUCCUAGUAUUUAUAUGAUUACACCUAAUGGAAGGUUUAAGUGUAAUACAAGGUUGUGUCUUUCAAUCACCGAUUUCCACCCGGAUACGUGGAAUCCAGCUUGGUCGGUCUCGACGAUCUUGACGGGCCUUCUUAGUUUCAUGGUGGAGAAGGGCCCCACACUGGGCAGCAUAGAGACCUCCGAGUUCACAAAAAGACAGCUCGCUGCACAAAGCUUAGCAUUUAAUUUAAAAGAUAAAGUCUUCUGCGAGCUCUUCCCUGAAGUGGUAGAGGAGAUCAAGCAAAAACAGAAAGCACAAGAAGAGCUCAAUAACAGACCUCCAUCCCUCCCUUUGCCAGAUGUCGUCCCUGACGGGGAAGCACACUACGGUCAGAAUGGAAUUCCCCUUCUUAACGGGCACGUACCCUUGGCACCUGCCAAUCAUCCGGGUCUCCAACAGGCCAAUCGUAACCAUGGACUUUUAGGCGGAGCUUUGGCGAACUUGUUCGUUAUAGUUGGUUUUGCAGCCUUUGCCUACACAGUCAAGUACGUACUGAGAAGCAUAGCGCAAGAAUGAGGAUAAUAAAACCGAGACCAAAUUAGUGAUAGUUGCAGAAUGAGUGGGACUCUUUUUGGGCAUCUGACUCUUGACACUGGGAUAAAUAUUUGUUUUACCAAGUUGCGGGUAAAACGUUGGUUGGCUCAUGGGUUAUGUUUGGGAAGUGGAGUAGUUUUGGUUAGUCAGAAAAUUAAAAGAAGUUCUGCUCGCAGAUCCUCUUGUCAAGUCAAAGCAUUAUUGAUGAGACGCUAACAUUUCUAGUGCUUUGAUUUUUAUAGCCGUUCUCCAUCUGUUUGAAAUUUGAAAAUCUUAAGCAAAUAAGGCUUUUUACUUCAUUAAACAAUUUUUAAAAUUUCA